UUUUUGAUCCUGUGUUCAAGGAAAUUGAUUUAAUAGAUAUAGACGCCACUCCAUCUGGAUUAAACAAACACGAAGAAGUUGUUCAAGAAAUGGAGAGCGAGGAACUAAUUCUAGCAGAAAUGGAAGACUCACCACGUUCUGAUUUUCUGGAAAGUAGCGGCGACUCAGAAGGUAGCGGCCUCACAAUAAUUACCACCAAAGAUGAAGACAAUGUCAAAAAUUGCAUAGAAGAAGGAUAUACUUCUGUGUGUUCAAAUAAGGGUCGCUGCAUUGACAACAAAUGCGUUUGCCACUCCUUUGAAACCGAAGUCGAUAACCAAACGAUUUUCUAUCGCCACACUGGACGGUACUGCGAAGAAUGUCCAUAUUGUAGGGCACAGACCUGCCACCAGUACCUUCCAUGUAUCGAAUGCAACUUAUUCCAAAAAGGCGCCAACUGUAACCCUUAUUGUCAAUUUCAGUACGAAAUAGUGAAAAAAGUCACCCGUAAUGUAGACAGUGACGAAAAGUUCUGUGAUAUCGAAAACACAGACGGGUGCUUCUUCAGGUUCAAGUACCACUACAACUCUCAACACUCAGUGGUGGUUCAGUACGAAGAAGACAUAUUUUGCUUCGAUGGGUACAAAUUUCUAGUUCUAACGUUUGGAGCCGUAGUUGUUCAUUUAUUUGCACUAUCAGGACUAGUACCAAGGAUUUGUGGGUUGUCAAGACACACGAAAAUAUGCAACAAUAGAGAUGUAGAUUUUUUCCUAUCUCGAACGUGA